CACCAUAUAAAACCACACUAUUUUAUUUGUUUUUACGGACUUUGCUGAGCAUAGACUUGACAGACAGUUUCAGUUGAAUUAUGGUGCAGAUGUUAGUAAAUAGCCUAAUUUUCAUAUUCAGUCUGGAACCAAACGUGUCCAAAUCUUCUCCAUGUGUAACUUCUGCGCAGAUAUAUUAGAAGGACAUUUUUUCUCUCCUCAGUCGUGUUGAACACAUCAUGUGGAGCAUGUGUCUGGAGCAUGUUGGAUACCAUUAUAAUGCAUUUUAUUUUGCGACGUCAUCAAUGACCACCAGUUCUCCGUUUUUUUUUUUUUGGUGUCUUCAUCACACUCUUUCAUGAGAUUGAUUUUAUGUAAUUGACUUUUAGCCAAAAGGUGCGUGUUUCUCUUUCUACAAACCUUUACCUUUCAGUGCCAGUUAAAAAAAACCUUUUCUAAACUGUUAUAAAAUAGGCUAAAUAUUUUAAUUAAUAAAGCAACGUCUCGUUGUUAUAGAUUUCGGAAUAAGUCGUAGGGGACACUUUUGUACAGCCUCUUACCACAAGGAGGAAUACACAGAGAAGGUUAUACGCCAGUUUACAACAUCCAAGCAACCAGUGAGGACGCUUCUUUCCGGCCAGAUUUGUAAUUAUGGAAUCCAAAACUAACAGCAGGAUGGACAUUGUGAACACUUCUUUCGCUGAUUCCACAGAGACGAAGACUGGAAUAAGUAGUUUAAUAGAAACAUUAACGGACGAGUGUUUUGGGCAAGGCAGGUUCUCCGAGCGAAGUUUUGGAGACGCGGGGUCUUUACGCAGCAGCGCGCCUGGAUCAAGCAGCGACGCUCUGGAUCAGCUAUCUCUGCUGGACUUGCCUCUCAGUACCACCACGUAUACAGGUCACAUGGAUGACUUUCUGAAAGUCGAAAGCGGACAGUGGAGCGCGAAAGCGCUUCUGCCCAAGGAGAGUUCGUUUAUUAAAGAUGAGAAUGAGCAUUCUCUUAUUAUGGAGCCACCGAACACUGAUUUCGACCUAGGCUUAAACAUCAGCGCCUUGGAAAGCUGCUACGACCAAGCAGAAAAGAAACAGCAGUGUGAGUUUACUGAGGAGUCUUCAACUUUGCUCUCAUCUCAAGCAGCCCAGCAGGUAGUUGUGGACAGUUCUUCUAACUUUCAGCUGGACAUGACUCAAUCUACAGUGGUUUUGCCACCACCGAGAAGAGUAUCGCCUUCUCUCGGCAGAGGUAUGUUGAAUUUCGAUGGAACGAGCGCAGCUACCCUGAUACCCAAAACGGACAUUUCCAAAUGGAUUUCACCCAAGGACUCUCCGUUCUGGUAUCAGAGCGCUACUAUGAAUGAAGAGCACGCUGGAUACUCUUCGCCAGAUGGGUUCAUCUCGCGAUCACACAGACUUUACACGGCAUUCCCUGGGGUUCCAUCUCAAAGACUGUGUGUUAUAUGUGGAGAUGAGGCUUCAGGUUGCCACUAUGGAGUUCUUACCUGUGGAAGCUGCAAGGUGUUUUUCAAGAGAGCUGUUGAGGGUCACCAUAACUACCUGUGUGCCGGACGGAACGACUGUAUUGUUGACAAAAUCAGGAGGAAAAACUGUCCUGCAUGUCGUCUUAGAAAGUGCUACCAGGCAGGGAUGAUGCUUGGAGGCCGUAAGAUGAAGCGGUUUACGGGUAUGAAGGUCAUGGGGUUGAGUCCACCGUUGAUGUUCCAGGGUCCGUUGUCCCUGCUGGCUGAUGGUCAAAAUGUGUCCUCCCUGCACUGUAUGCCAGUGAUCCGUGAGCUGCAGCUGUCCCCUCAGAUGAUCAGCAUUCUGGAGAACAUUGAGCCACAGGUGGUGUACUCUGGCUAUGACAGCUCACAACCAGAGCUUCCCCACCUUCUCCUCAACAGUCUCAACAGACUCUGUGAGAGACAGCUGCUCUGGAUUGUUAGAUGGUCCAAGUCUCUUCCAGGUUUUCGCAAUUUGCACAUCAAUGACCAGAUGACGUUAAUCCAGUAUUCCUGGAUGGGUUUAAUGUUGUUCUCGCUGGGUUGGAGAACCUUUCAGAAUGCCACCACUGAUUACCUGUACUUUGCGCCUGAUCUCAUCUUGAGCCAUGAUCAGCUGAGGAGGUCUCCGAUCUACGACUUGUGCUUGGCUAUGCAGUUUGUUCCACGGGAAUUUGCCAACUUGCAAGUGACAAAGGAAGAGUUUCUGUGCAUGAAGGCUUUGAUGCUCCUCAACACCGUUCCUCUAGAAGGCUUGAAGAGUCAAACACAGUUUGAUGAAAUGAGACAGAACUACAUCUGCGAGUUGACGAAAGCCAUCCAGCUGAAGGAGAAAGGAGUGGUGGCCAGCUCACAGAGAUUCUACCAUUUGACCAAAAUCAUGGACGCCAUGCAUGAGAUUGUAAAGAAGGUCAAUCUCUACUGUCUGAGCACAUACAUCCAGGCGGACGCCAUGAAGGUGGAGUUUCCAGAGAUGAUGUCAGAGGUCAUUGCAUCGCAGAUGCCACAAGUGCUGGCGGGAAUGGUUAAACCCCUCAUGUUUCACAACAAGUGAUCCAGACAGGAUGCUUGGGGUCUGUGUUGAUGUACAUCUCUGAUGUAUGUGUACCACAUCUAAUUAACACUGACAUUGAUCUUUCCAUAUACAAUCAUCCCCUUAUAAUAGUUACAAGUUCUUA